AUGAGCCAGAUCCCAUUGAUCGCGGCCGGAGGGAUCGUCGAUGGACGCGGUGUGGCGGCCGCUAUCAUGCUUGGGGCGGCUGGGGUGGUGAUGGGCACACGAUUUCUGGCUGCGGAGGAGACAAGCUUGCCUCGUGAGUACCAGGAGGCAAUCAUAAAUGCCGUCGACGGGGGAGUGUCAACCGUGCGGUCGAGGGUCUUUGAUGAGAUCUGGGGCCCGAGUCCGUGGCCGGAGUUGUAUGACGGACGGUGUUUGAGGAAUGCAAGCUAUGAUGACGUGGCCGCGGGAAUUCCCAUGCAAGAAGUCAUGAGGCGGUUCUACUUGCGUCUAAGGGAAGGACAGGACAAGGAACUUAAUGUCAAGGAGGCAGGAAGUGUGUGUGGGCUGGCACAGGCGUGGGAUUGGUGA